CUAGAUUAAUGAACGAAACUAAUUGGCGAAACGCAUAAAUACGCCACCAAUCUAAGCAUCCGAGAGAAGAUUUAUCGUAUUAAAGCGAGAGAUAGAGAGUCGAAGGGCAUUUUGCAUUGUGUAGCGCCAACGUAUCGAGUGGAUAGUCCAAAGAUAUGAAGGAGCCGCGUGGACUCAACUGGUUUUUCGCCCAAUAUUAAUUAAAAUACCAGAACCGAGCCGGCUAUUCGUUCAAAGUUCCGACUGCCGACGACGCAUGCGUGGACGGGAGAGAGUCUGGUAAUCGGCGACGUUCCCGCAGUCAGUCCUAGUGCCGUGUGUCGCGCCAUGUGCUGCUCUUCUGCUCCAUGGCAGGUGUAAGCGUUGUCCGAAUCGAGAAGUUCUGCUCUCUACCGACAUGACAUUCGCCCAUAUUAUCAUCACCUCUAUCGUGAACCAUGCUUAAAUUGGCCUUGGUCGUAUGUCUCUUCACUUUCUUGGAUGCGUCGGGAUUUUUUGAACUUCAGAUACUUGGCAUCCAGAAUAUUCGGGGUAAAUUAAUGGAUGGUUCUUGUUGUGGACGUACCCGAGAUAAAGAUGGUCAGUGUAUCAGACAGUGUAAUACUUACUUUAGGGUAUGCCUUAAGGAAUACAGGUCUCAGGCCAUGGCCGAAGGUGAUUGUACUUUUGGUAAUAAGUCAACUGCUGUCAUUUCUGGUAAUUCGUUUUCGGUUCAUACUGCUCCCGAUAAAGAAGUCAUUCUUAGACUGCCUUUCACCUUCAGAUGGACGAGGUCGUUCACCCUCAUUUUGGAUGCGAUGGAUUACAAUAAUCGGACAAAUUCACUUACGAACGAUGUUAUCGAAAGACACGUCUACUCCGGUAUAAUAGUACCUGGUUCGGAAUGGCACACACUAUUACAUCAAGGAACCGUGGCUAAAAUCAGUUACAGGUUGAGGGUGAUGUGCGAUGCCAAUUAUUACAACGUCACCUGCAUGAAGUUCUGUCGACCUUUGGACAACAUCUUUGGCCAUAACACGUGCAACAGUCAAGGGGAAAAAGUAUGUCUUCCGGGAUGGACCGGUGUCAAUUGCGAGAAAGCAAUUUGUAAACCGGGUUGUCAUCCCGUUCACGGAUAUUGCGAGAAGCCGGGAGAAUGUCAAUGUAGACCUGGUUGGAAAUCAGAAUUAUGUGACCAAUGUAUGCCAUAUCCAGGUUGUAAACAUGGCUAUUGUAAUGGUUCACCAUGGCAGUGUAUAUGUGAUAUUAAUUGGGGAGGAAUCCUAUGUGACCAAGAUUUAAAUUAUUGUGGAACUCGUGAGUUGUGCCAAAAUGGUGGCACAUGUGAAAAUAAUGCACCAGAUGAAUACAUGUGUCGCUGUCCAGAAGGAUUUUCUGGAGUUAAUUGUGAAAUAGUUGACAAUCCAUGUGCUACUUCUCCAUGCUGGAAUGGUGGAAUGUGUUCUGAAAUAAAUGGAACAUUCAGUUGUACUUGUGCACCUGGUUGGAUGGGUCCUAUGUGUAAACAAAAUAUUAAUGAAUGUGAAUCCAAUCCAUGUGCUAAUGGAGGAACAUGUGGUGAUUUGGUGAAUGGUUAUCAUUGCCUUUGCAGAAGUGGUUGGGAAGGUGCAAGAUGCCAGCUUGAUGCUGAUGAAUGUAAAGCUGAACCUUGUAAAAAUGCACACUCCUGUCAAAAUAUUGUAGGAGAUUAUGUUUGUACUUGCCAGUCUGGCUGGACUGGAAAAAACUGUGAUCAAAAUAUUAACGACUGUGUCGGACAGUGCCAAAAUGGUGCAACAUGUAUUGAUCUUGUAAAUGAUUAUCACUGCGCAUGCCUGCCUGGGUUCACAGGUCGAGACUGUCAAACCAAUAUUAAUGAAUGUGCUAGUGAUCCAUGUCUUAAUGGUGGUGAAUGUGUUGAUAAUAUAGCAAGUUUUCAUUGUAUUUGUCCUGUUGGUUAUAAAGGAUUACGAUGUGAGAUUGAUAAUGAUUUGUGUAAUCCAAAUCCUUGUGAGAAUGGAGCAUCUUGUUUUAACAUGCAGUGGGAUUACUAUUGCCAUUGUCCUGAAGAUUUCCAAGGAAAGAAUUGUUCAGUGCCCAGACCAAAAUGUCAUUCUGUAAAUUGUGAAACUUCAGAUAGUUGUUUAGUGCCAAUACCUGAAAAGAAUGGUAAAACUCGUCUGGCAGCAUCCAAUGUUUGUGGGGAACAUGGAAAAUGUAUCAGUGAAAUGUCUGGAAGAUUCACUUGUGUAUGUGAUCCAGGAUAUACUGGAAGAUAUUGUCAUGAAAAUAUUAAUGACUGUGGUUCUAAUCCUUGUAAAAAUGGAGGAACAUGUCUGGAUCGUAUCAAUAAUUUCCAAUGUCUGUGCCGAGAAGGUUGGGAAGGUUCUGUCUGCGACAUAAAUAAAAAUGAAUGUAAUCCUAAUCCUUGUCGCAAUAAUGGUACUUGCUUGGAUGCAGUUGCAGAUUUCAUUUGCAAAUGUAGACAUGGUUGGAAAGGAAAGACUUGCAAUUUAAGAAAUAGUCAUUGUGAUAUUAGUACCUGUCAAAAUGGAGGAACUUGUAUUGAUCUAGGGCAUUCAUUUGCCUGCCGCUGUACAAUGGGUUGGGAAGGUCAUACUUGCCAUAUCUCUCAGAAUCCAAGUUGUCAUUCCAAUCCAUGUCAAAAUGGAGCAACUUGCAUAAAUAUUGGCAAUGAUUUUUCUUGUAUGUGUAAAGAGGGAUUUUCUGGAGUUAAUUGUGAAAUAGAUAAGGAUGAUUGUAGUCCAAAUCCUUGUUACAAUGGUGGAAAAUGCAUUGAUGGCAUAAAUUGGUUUAUGUGUGAAUGUGCUCAAGGAUUUACAGGCCCUGAUUGUAGAAUAAACAUUAAUGAAUGUGCUAAUUCACCUUGUGCACAAGGCAGUACGUGUGUCGAUGGAAUUGGCGAUUUCACUUGUAUAUGUCCAGUAGGACGUUCUGGUAGACUCUGUAAUUCUUUGAUUACUGAAGCAAUACAUAUGUCAUGUGAAUUUCAAGGAAUCUCUUAUUCAGAAGGUAGUUUUUGGGAACAUGAUUGCAAUUCUUGUCAAUGCCAGAAUGGUAAAGUGUUUUGUACUCAGGUAUGGUGUGGAAUCCCAAACUGUUUGCAUCAUAUAAAUACAACUGAAGAGAUCAUCAAUUGUGAUAAAGGCCAAAUGUGUAUUCCAACAAUAAAAAAUGCCUGUUUUACACCACCGUGUCCACCUCGUGGUGAAUGCAGAUGGAAAGAAAACAAUACACAUACCACUGUACUUCCAAUAACUGGUUGCAUGCCUGGUAUUGCUAAUCCAAGCAAUAAUUGUGCCAAAAUUACAUUACUGUUUGAAAAACCAAAAAUGCCACAGGGAAUUACUGUUGAAGAUCUAUGUAAACAAUUAAGAAAAUUAUCUGUACAUAAGACCAUCUUAUUAUCAUAUUCCAUUUUAAUUCUGUGUGCUGUUCGUGAAGAUGAUGGUGAUGUUAUUGAAGUUGCUGUUUCUACACCAAUGGAUCCUUCAUUAGAAACAUAUGCAGUAGUGAGUGGUGUUGCUAAAAACAUGGCUGACAUCAUAAGUCGAAAAAUGUCAAAUAGCUCUGCUCUUUCAGGAGUUAUUGAAGUUAAAGUUGAAACUUCUAUGGUCAGUCCAGAAAGUAAAGGACAAAAUUAUUUGAUAUCUGUGUUGGUUUCCUUCAUUGCAUUAAUGUUGUUUAUUGUCACCCUUGGAAUUGGAAUAUGGUAUUAUAUGCAUCAUUGCCGUCAAAAGAAACCACUUUCUUCGGGACACUCGAUGCCUUGUUCAAUCAGUAGCAAAUUGGAUCAGUUAGAUGCCGAAGGAAAAUCAAACAACCAAAACAAAGAAAAUAUUCGACGGUAUAGAAAUUCCUUGCAUACCAAUGAUAAACUAUGUUCUGUGGCAACUAAUGAUUCUACAGAACUAACUGAAAUUGAUUAUGACACAGAUAGAGCUAACAUUCCCAGUGGAAUAUACAAAGCUCAAUCUUUAGAAGCAAAGAAAAACACUGCACCGAACAAUACAAACAAAAAAGACUUUGAAAAAGAUAACAACUUAAAAGCUCACCAAAGGCAGCUUUCAGAUAAAGAAGUGAUAGUAUAGUAAACCACAUCCAUGUUUUAAAAAAAUAUCUUAUUUAUUUUCAAUGAUUUGCACUCUCUUUCUUUGCUAACUCUCCUGUCACAGAUCUCAUUUGUUUUGUUUCUACAAGUGCAGUAUAAAGUGUGUGCAGAGUUUUCUAUUUGCAACAAAAAUGCAAUAUAAAAAGGACAUUUAUCCACAAAUUUGAAGAUCAACACAAAGGUUAGUGUUGUAUCGAGGCACAAUGAAUCAUUCCAAGCACAUUAAUCAUUCAUUAUUUUGCAUUUUAUCCUAUAUUUUAAAAGUCAUAAUAAUUAAAAUCGUCACCAUCAUACCAAAGUAUGCUUUAUGAUGAACUUGUAAAUAAAGAGUUGUCAUGGUACAGUUUUUUCCAGUGCAACAACUGAAGAUGUACCAAGUUAAUUGGGCAAUGAACUUAAAAAGAAUGCUUUUUUUUUUUUUUUUUUUUGUUUUUGUAAAUAUGUAUAUAUGUUCAUUAUGUUUCAUGUAUAUUUGAUCAUUAAUUUAUGAAAACAAAAUGCAAAUCAACAAUAUUUAUAUUUUUUGUCAUGAAAAGUUUGUGAAGAUCAAUUCUGUUGCAUCUAUUUUCAUGUGUGUGAAUGCAUGGGUAUGCAUGAAUGUGUAAAUGAAUCUUUGUCAAAAUAGCCAUUUUUCCUAGGCUAAAGGUUGUGAGUUUUAAGUCAUUUUUUUUAAAUUCCAUACAAUUUUCAUGUCUAAGAAAAUAUAGCAGAAGCUUAAAUUAUUAAAUUUUGUAAACAUUAAUUUGCAUUUGAUAAAGAUGUAAUUUUGGGAAAUAUUUGUUAAAUGAAAUAUUUUGGGAUGCAUUAAUUUAAUUUAACUUUAAAAUUUAAUACAAGAAAGUUUUGAUUUCUAAAUAUUUGACUAUAUAUUUUGAAUAUGAAUUUGUUUGUUUUUAAUUUUGAAAUCAAAAAAAAAAAAAAAAAGAAUGAAUUCAAGUGCAAAAAUUAUCAAUAUUUACAUAUGGAGAGAUUUUUCUCUAUAAAAUGAUUUGACUAUGCUUUUUUUUGUAAUGACUGAGAAAAUGUUUUACUAAGUCUCAAAGCUGGCUACAAAGUCAAAUUUUCUAAUUAGGAAAUUUUGGCUUUGUAAAAUUGUUAGAACAGUAUAUGCUUUUUGUGUAGUUAUUUUUCAAUUUGUGACUUUGCCAGAAAUAAAGUCCUUUAAUAUGAGUUUCUGCAAGUUAUUUCACAUUUAAGUCAUCAAUAUAAAACAAAUUAAAUUAAAAUUAGUUCAGUUUAAACUAUAUAAAAUACAAAGAAUCAUUUAAGCAAGUAAAUUAAAUGAAAAAGUGAACAUAACAUAUUUAUAUAAAUACAUUCCUGUUAGUAAAUUAACAAUUAAUACAGCAUUAAAAAUAAUUAUAUCUGAACAAAACAGAACUUGCAAUUGUCUAGAAAGUUAAAGAAUUUUAUUAUUAUCUUACACUAGUGAUGAUAAAAAAUUUAAGAAACUAAUGUUAAAAGAUUUUGAAACUAAAUUUAUGCAAUCCUCAUAAAUACAAGCAAUAAGUUUUGGUGUAAUAUAUAGAUAUCAAUAAGUGUACAGGAUAAUAUUUAUCCUGUAUAGUUAUUGAUUUUUACAGAAUUACAUUCAGUCAAAAUAUGCGACAUUUAUUUUUAGUAAUUAUUUUGAGAUCUUUCGACAUAUAUAAGGUUCUACAAACUUUAAUCCAUAAUUUUAUAGUAGCAGCAUAUAAUAAUCUACCAAGUUUAAUAGUAAUUGAAACAAUUUUUAAAUUAAUGAAAAAUAAUAAUAUUAUUUUUCAAAUGAUCAAUAAAACUAAUCAAUUUUUUAAGCAUAAGUUUCUCAAACUAAAAUGGAGAUAACUUUCAACUUAUCUGUGAUUUGCAAUUUGAGUUUUGGUAUAAGUAAUUAACAUUCUUUAA